AUGUCAGACCCAAGAAAAGAGUCAUUAAUUGUAGAACGUUUUGAAAUGAGAGCUUCAACCGAACCAAAAGAAGGUGAACUCGAAUUAUAUUCAUUAUUUUCAAUUAUAUUUGGAUUUUUAGGAAUUAUGUUAAAAUAUAAAAUUUGUUUAUGGGUUAGUGCAGUAUGUUGCGUUGCAUAUCUUUCAAAUUUAAAAUCAAAAGAUUCUAGCGUUAGAACAAUUUUAUCACCAGUAUCACUAAGUUUAAUGGGCUUAGUUAUGGCUUAUUUUGGUCCUAAUUCAAAUUUAUUCGUCUAA